AUGCAUUGGUGGCUCCACAACCCACCCAGUCUGGUACCCCAAGUCCGCGGAGAAAACGCCGAACUAAAGAGGAAAUUGACUCUGCUGCAGGAUGAUGGGUCGGAUGUGUUGCUGGGAACUUUGUCUGCGCUCGAGUGGACAAGCAGCAUUGAGACACAGCUGCUCACCCGUAGUAUAACUUGGACCAGAGAUCUACCCCAGGGGGAAGACUGCAGUGGACCAGUGGAGGAAGAGCAGGUCAUGCUGGUCUCAGGUGUGACCGACUUCCUGGAUGUAGUGAAUUCAGUCCAACAGGUGAGCUUCGAUUUCCUGGAUGUAGUGGUCUCAGUCCAACAGGUGAGCUUCGACGUCCUGGAUGUUGUGGUCUCAGUCCAACAGGUGAGCUUCGACGUCCUGGAUGUAGUGGUCUCAGUCCAACAGGUGAGCUUCGACGUCCUGGAUGUAGUGGUCUCAGUCCAACAGGUGAGCUUCGACGUCCUGGAUGUAGUGGUCUCAGUCCAACAGGUGAGCUUCGACGUCCUGGAUGUAGUGGUCUCAGUCCAACAGGUGAGCUUCGACGUCCUGGAUGUAGUGGUCUCAGUCCAACAGGUGAGCUUCGACGUCCUGGAUGUAGUGGUCUCAGUCCAACAGGUGAGCUUCGACGUCCUGGAUGUAGUGGUCUCAGUCCAACAGGUGAGCUUCGACGUCCUGGAUGUAGUGGUCUCAGUCCAACAGGUGAGCUUCGACGUCCUGGAUGUAGUGGUCUCAGUCCAACAGGUGAGCUUCGACGUCCUGGAUGUAGUGGUCUCAGUCCAACAGGUGAGCUUCGACGUCCUGGAUGUAGUGGUCUCAGUCCAACAGGUGAGCUUCGACGUCCUGGAUGUAGUGGUCUCAGUCCAACAGGUGAGCUUCGACGUCCUGGAUGUAGUGGUCUCAGUCCAACAGGUGAGCUUCGACGUCCUGGAUGUAGUGGUCUCAGUCCAACAGGUGAGCUUCGACGUCCUGGAUGUAGUGGUCUCAGUCCAACAGGUGAGCUUCGACGUCCUGGAUGUAGUGGUCUCAGUCCAACAGGUGAGCUUCGACGUCCUGGAUGUAGUGGUCUCAGUCCAACAGGUGAGCUUCGACGUCCUGGAUGUAGUGGUCUCAGUCCAACAGGUGAGCUUCGACGUCCUGGAUGUAGUGGUCUCAGUCCAACAGGUGAGCUUCGACGUCCUGGAUGUAGUGGUCUCAGUCCAACAGGUGAGCUUCGACGUCCUGGAUGUAGUGGUCUCAGUCCAACAGGUGAGCUUCGACGUCCUGGAUGUAGUGGUCUCAGUCCAACAGGUGAGCUUCGACGUCCUGGAUGUAGUGGUCUCAGUCCAACAGGUGAGCUUCGAUGUCCUGGAUGUAGUGGUCUCAGUCCAACAGGUGAGCUUCGACGUCCUGGAUGUAGUGGUCUCAGUCCAACAGGUGAGCUUCGACGUCCUGGAUGUAGUGGUCUCAGUCCAACAGGUGAGCUUCGACGUCCUGGAUGUAGUGGUCUCAGUCCAACAGGUGAGCUUCGACGUCCUGGAUGUAGUGGUCUCAGUCCAACAGGUGAGCUUCGACGUCCUGGAUGUAGUGGUCUCAGUCCAACAGGUGAGCUUCGACGUCCUGGAUGUAGUGGUCUCAGUCCAACAGGUGAGCUUCGACGUCCUGGAUGUAGUGGUCUCAGUCCAACAGGUGAGCUUCGACGUCCUGGAUGUAGUGGUCUCAGUCCAACAGGUGAGCUUCGACGUCCUGGAUGUAGUGGUCUCAGUCCAACAGGUGAGCUUCGACGUCCUGGAUGUAGUGGUCUCAGUCCAACAGGUGAGCUUCGACGUCCUGGAUGUAGUGGUCUCAGUCCAACAGGUGAGCUUCGACGUCCUGGAUGUAGUGGUCUCAGUCCAACAGGUGAGCUUCGACGUCCUGGAUGUAGUGGUCUCAGUCCAACAGGUGAGCUUCGACGUCCUGGAUGUAGUGGUCUCAGUCCAACAGGUGAGCUUCGACGUCCUGGAUGUAGUGGUCUCAGUCCAACAGGUGAGCUUCGACGUCCUGGAUGUAGUGGUCUCAGUCCAACAGGUGAGCUUCGACGUCCUGGAUGUAGUGGUCUCAGUCCAACAGGUGAGCUUCGACGUCCUGGAUGUAGUGGUCUCAGUCCAACAGGUGAGCUUCGACGUCCUGGAUGUAGUGGUCUCAGUCCAACAGGUGAGCUUCGACGUCCUGGAUGUAGUGGUCUCAGUCCAACAGGUGAGCUUCGACGUCCUGGAUGUAGUGGUCUCAGUCCAACAGGUGAGCUUCGACGUCCUGGAUGUAGUGGUCUCAGUCCAACAGGUGAGCUUCGACGUCCUGGAUGUAGUGGUCUCAGUCCAACAGGUGAGCUUCGACGUCCUGGAUGUAGUGGUCUCAGUCCAAUUCAUCCACCCUGUUUUCCCAGACCCUGCGUGGCAACGGGGAGGAGUCAGGAGGGGAUUCUUUCUUCAACCUCCUGUCCAAGUGCCUUAACCAAGACGCCAAGAUGGUGGUCACACUUUUAGUGAUGGGAUCCAACCCAAAUAACUGGACUGAGAUGUGGGAUGGAUAUGAGUCGAACCAAAGAUCUCAGUUGGGAAUGGAGGAUCUGGACAUUGAGGAG